GAUGUCAUUGUGCGCACAGAGAUCUCACAGAACGCGCGCCUAUAGCCAGCCAGAGGGGAAAGAAAACACCAGUUAGUGUUAGUAUUGUUAACUUGAGCGUUUGCUAAAGUUUAUUAAAAAUGUUAUGACGCGCAAAAGAGUAUCUUGGAUUGAUUUUUAGGGAUACAAAAGAGGAUUUACGCAACUGCGGCGCGCAGGGUGGAGCGUUUCAUCCAAGUGAUUAACCGGUGGACGGUGAAGUUUUUUCUCUUUUUUUUAUGGCGGAGUUUGCACAUCAUUUCGCUUUCCUUUGAGUACUAUAUGUUGAAAUAAUGCUGCCUAUUCCUUGAGGUGCAGCCAAUACUUCCCCCCUUCCCCCCAUUUUACAGCUUUCAUUAAGAAUCAAAUUGUUCUCAUUUGAUCCUUUUUACCCAAAGCUGCACGUUUCGUUUUGUUCUUUUCUUUUCCAGCAGUUGAGACACUAAAAUCAAAAUGUCACAGCUUUAUUAUAAAAAGACGGAAAGCAGCGCGUACAGGGACCGCAUCCCCCUGCGCAUUGUGCGAGCGGAGGCUGAGCUCUCCCCCAUGGAGAAAGCCUACCUGGGGGCUGUGGAAAAGGGAGACUACGGCAGCGUGAAGCAAGCCUUGGAGGAGGCUGAGAUCUACUUCAGGAUCAACAUAAACUGCAUAGACUCUCUGGGACGCACAGCCCUCCUCAUUGCCAUCGAGAACGAGAACCUGGAGAUCAUCGAGCUGCUGCUCAGCUACAACGUCCACGUGGGGGAUGCCCUGUUGCACGCCAUCCGGAAAGAAGUAGUGGGAGCUGUGGAGCUGCUGCUCAACCACAAGAAACCACGUGGGGAAAAACAGGUCCCUGGAAUUCUUCUGGACAAACAGUUUUCAGACUUCACCCCAGACAUCACUCCCAUCAUCCUCGCAGCCCACACCAACAACUAUGAGGUGAUCAAGCUCCUUCUGCAACGCGGCGUUUCUAUACCUCAGCCACAUGCCGUGCGUUGCAGCUGUGUGGAGUGUAUGUCCAGCACAGACGUCGACUGCCUGCGCUACUCACGCUCUCGCCUUAACAUCUACAAGGCCCUCGCUAGUCCGUCUCUCAUCGCCCUCUCCAGCGAGGAUCCUUUCCUCACAGCUUUUCAACUGAGCUGGGAGCUUAAGGAGCUCAGCAGAGUGGAGAAUGAGUUCAAGUCAGAGUACGAAGAGCUCUCCCACACUUGUAAACAAUUUGCAAAGGAUCUUUUGGAUCAGACUCGAAGUUCCAAGGAGCUGGAAAUAAUCCUAAACUACCGUGAUGACAUAAACCCCAUCCUGGAUGAGAGCACCAAUGACCUGGCGCGGCUGAAGCUGGCCAUCAAGUAUUGUCAGAAAGAGUUUGUUGCUCAACCCAACUGCCAACAGCUGCUGGCGUCUCGGUGGUAUGAUAAAUUUCCAGGCUGGAGGAGGCGUCAUUGGGCAGGAAAACUCAUCACCUGUUUCUUUAUUGGCCUUCUCUUUCCACUGUUAUCCAUCUUCUACUUAAUCUUUCCUAAGAGCCGAUACGGGCUCUUAAUCCGUAAACCCUUCGUCAAGUUCAUCUGUCACACGGCAUCCUACCUGACCUUUCUGUUGCUACUCUUCUUGGCCUCUCAGCAUAUUGACUCCACAGGUCCAAAUUCUCUGUCACACGAUGUUCAAGGUCCACCACCCACCACAGUGGAGUGGAUGAUCCUGCCCUGGAUAAUAGGUUUUAUUUGGACUGAAAUCAAACAAAUGUGGGAUAAUGGUUUAGAGGACUACGCAGAUGACUGGUGGAAUAUAAUGGACUUCAUUAUGAACUCCUUGUAUCUCGCCACCAUCGCUCUGAAGAUCGUUGCAUAUGUAAAGAUGAAGCAAUGCAAUUCUAAUGGAACCCAUGUAUCCAGGGACGAUUGGGAAGUCUGGCACCCCACCUUGUUGGCAGAGUCAUUGUUUGCGAUCGCCAACAUCUUUAGCUCUUUGCGCCUCAUCUCUCUGUUUACUGCCAACUCCCACUUGGGUCCUUUACAGAUUUCCCUGGGUCGCAUGCUCCUGGAUAUCCUCAAGUUCCUCUUUAUUUAUUGUUUAGUGCUGCUGGCCUUUGCCAAUGGUCUAAACCAGCUCUACUUUUACUAUGCAACAGAAGAAAAAAGCUGUUAUGGCAUCCGCUGCCUGCAGCAAAACAAUGCAUUUUCCACGCUGUUUGAAACAGUGCAGUCCUUAUUUUGGUCUGUGUUUGGUUUGGUUUCCCUCUAUGUGACCAAUGUAAAGCCACCUCAUGAAUUCACAGAGUUUGUGGGCACUACCAUGUUUGGGACGUAUAACAUCAUCUCCUUGGUGGUGCUUCUAAAUAUGCUAAUUGCAAUGAUGAACAACUCCUACCAACACAUUGCUGAUCACGCUGAUAUGGAGUGGAAAUUUGCAAGAACAAAAUUGUGGAUGAGCUAUUUUGAAGAAGGGGGGACCUUACCCCCUCCAUUCAACAUCAUACCCAGCCCGAAAUCCGUUUGUUAUCUGUUUGGAUGGAUAAGGAAACGUUUUUGUAGAAAGCCAGCUAAAAGAAUCCGUCAAACCUUUGAGACUUUGGGGACUCGUGCAGCCAAUAAUGUCAGAUUAAACCACGAGUACCAGGAGGUCUUAAAGAAUCUUGUGAAACGAUAUGUGGCGGCGAUGAUCAGAGAUGCCAAAACAGAGGAAGGGUUGACAGAGGAAAAUUUUAAGGAACUGAAGCAAGAUAUAUCCAGCUUCCGAUAUGAAGUUCUGGGAAUGAUGAAGGGUAAACCUCACAGCGCAGUUCCAAGUCCAGUUGUGGGUUCAACAUUGGCUUACCCUGGAAACUCAUUCAAAUAUUACCCCAGAUCUUCUUUUGACAAGUCUCAGAAAAAGGCACCAGUGAAUACCGCCAACAACAACCUGGAGAGGAAAGACUCCAACAUUUCCAGCACUGUUUACCCUGAAAACUCAAUUAAUAGUCCAGUUGUUGUGGUUAGCACAGAAGAUUCUCACGACACAUUAUCACCUGAAGCUUCGAAGACAGGAUCCCUUCUGAGAUCGGACAAAUUCCUUUCUCCUGAAUUUUAUGAAACAUUUUCUCCAUCAGAAGGGGAUGGGCAGAAAUCUGCUGGGCAUAACCAAGACCUUCUGAGUGCCGAGACAGCAAACAAAGAGACCUUGGAGAAAGUAAACUCUGACACUCAGGAAACGGAGCAUCCUCAUGCCUUUAAUUUAAGUGAAGUGCCAAAUGGGCCCAAAAAAUACAAAAACUGAUCAAAUAUUCAUCUGAGGUUUCUAGCGUUUAACCAAAAUAAUGUAAGUCCCCAUAAACGUCAUAGUAGUUAAAUGCCUAUUCUAAUCAACUAUAUAAUGGGACACCAUAUAAUCUUUGUAACAUUUUAUAUCUAAAUUAUGGGUCACUCUCUUGUUAUUCAGGGAUCAGUGAAACAGUUUAGUACCAAAAGAGUUCUGACAUCCUGCUGCCUCUCUAUUUCCCCUCCUCACUUAUCCGUCCUACUGUGACAUGCAAAAUAAUCUGUAUCCUCUGCCCAUUUAAAUAGUAUAACUCUUCUUAUCCUGCAUAAUAGUUUGUCCUUUGUGUUGCAACGUAAAACCUAAAUAAAAAAGAAAAUCCUUCAUACUGAGAGCUAAAUUAUUAUUUUUUGACAUUUUUCUGAUAAUGGAGGAUAUCAAAUUGCAUUUCUGAGUACUUCUUUGUUCAUAUUGUUGUGAAACAGGAGGAGACAAAAUUUGCCAUUUGAAAAAGAUUGUAGUUAUGACGUAAAAAAUAUGCUGAUUAGGCCACUUGUAGGCGACUUGAUCCAUGAACGUCUUCAUUUUCCUUGUCCGAGUUGGCAUCUGGCUCAAAACUAUAUGGCUGGAUAGCUCUGAUAUUGCUCUGCAAUUAUGUUUCACCAGUAAUGUCAGGUUGAGCAGAGAGCUCUCAACUAUGGGUGAGGGGAAAGGGGAUAGGGCUUGCUCCAUACUGACAACUUGGAGGCAAAUUUCUGAUGAACUACUGCCAUUCUGCAUAAACGACACAGGUUUUUAGAUUUUGAAUUAAAACUGCAAACUUAUGAAGAAUCUCUUUAACUGUUUAUGCAAUCAGCGUAAUUCCAGCGGAUUCUGUAGCGGAGGAAAGCAGGUUUUCGCUGAUACGCAACACUUAUGCAGUCAAUGUAAAUCAGCUGAUUCUAUUUCUAUUUCCCCUCCUCACUUUUCCAUCCUACUGUGACAUGCAAAAUACUCUGUAUCCUCUGCCCAUUGAAAUAGUAUAACUCUUCUUGUCCUGCAUAGUAGUUUGUCCUUUGUGUUGUAUCGUAAAACCAAAAUAAAUAAAUAAAUCCUCCAUACUGAGAGCUAAAUUAUUAUUAUUUGACCACCCGAAAUGUUUAAAGUAACAGAGCUUUUAUUAAAACUGCUUGCGUUGGAGCAGAGAACAAAAUAAGACGUUACAUUUGUUUUUCACUGUUAUUAUACCAGGUGAUAUUUUUUGUUUCCAUUUGAUAAAUAUUUUGCCUAAGUAAUCAAGACAUGUACCGAAACUGCUGUGCAACAAAAUACAUAUUGUUGUCUUUUAUGUAAUAAUGUGUUAUUUUGACUAGGUUUUUUCUUAGAAAUUCCUUUAGAACUCAUUAUCUAUUAAUAAAUUACUAACAAACCUUCCUAGAAAUGAAAUCUUAGAGAUCCAGUUUAGACUAGAAUUGAUAAACUCCAUGAGAGACUUUUAAUAUGCACUGUAGAGGAAAACGUAUGCCAAUAAAGCUAGGAUCAAAAUGGAAAUAGUCUUCAAUAUUGUAGAAUUUGUUUUUAAUUGUGCUAAACUGCAUAAAUUGAAAAAAAAAAUCAAAUACAAUUAAAAACAUUAAACCUUUCUUUCACCAGCUUAGUUGCCUUGUGAGAGAGUGUCCACUCUGAGACUGGAGGGUUGAGUUCAAAUCCACGUUUGAGUCAAACCAAAGAAAAUAAAUGCCUUCCUGUAUUUACUUUCUUUUCCAUCCUGCUUGACACUCCGCAUUAAGGGGUUUGGUUGAAGGGUUAAACAGCCAAGUGGUUGCCUAAUGUGGCAAACAUUCCUCUGAGGGAUGGGUCAAAUGCGGAGAACAAAUUUCACACACCCAUGGUGCGUGACAGCUAAUGGGACUUUGAAAAUAUCAUCAACUAUGAUGUUUUAUCUGUUUUGUUUUAUGAAUAAUGUGUGUUUUCAUAUUAAUUUUAGUACAGUAAGUGAAUUAAUUACUGUAUAUUUUUAUUUUAUAAGUGAAACUAGACCAAAGACUGUCUUGAUAUUUAAGUAGGUGGAUAUGAAUGAGUUUAUUCUGUGUUUACUGGAGUAUGGGACCAUGUAAAUAGUUUACAAGUGUAAUCUGUGAGUCACGUAUCUGACGUUACACAACGUUUAGCCGAACGUUUUACCCAGCUUUAGUGCAUUUUAAUUAUUAUUCAUCAAAUCAUUUAGUUUGAAUCUACUGUAGCAGCAAUCAUACAAGCUAAGUUCUGCAGGUCAAUACCACCAGGUGGAGCUGCAGUCCAGCAGAAGCAUUUGGGCUUUUUUGGCAUCUCUAUCACACAGAUGUUAUUCAGUUUUCUUGUGUGCUCUCUGUUUUCAUUGUUUAUUGGCAAUCCAAAUAAAUUGAGUCUGGAAAAACUGUAAA